GCGCGGGCGGACUACAGCUCCCGUCGUGCCCCGCGCGGCUGCGCUCGCCGCGGCCGCGGAGCAGCAGGAGCUCUUGCCGCCGCCCCCUUCCCCGCAGCGGCAGUUGCGCCUACGCUAGUCCCCGGCUUUGAUCGCGGCCUACCCCAGCUCCUCGGUAUGGCGCGGCCCCUCGUGCCUAGCUCACAGAAAGCGCUGCUUCUGGAGCUCAAAGGGCUGCAGGAGGAGCCCGUGGAAGGGUUCCGGGUCAACUUGGUGGACGAGGGGGACCUCUACAACUGGGAGGUGGCCAUCUUCGGCCCUCCGAACACGUACUACGAAGGCGGGUACUUUAAGGCUCGUCUCCGAUUUCCCAUCGACUACCCUUAUUCCCCUCCUGCCUUUAGGUUCUUAACCAAAAUGUGGCACCCCAAUAUCUAUGAGACCGGUGAUGUCUGCAUCUCCAUCCUCCACCCGCCGGUGGACGACCCGCAGAGCGGGGAGCUGCCAUCUGAGCGGUGGAACCCCACUCAGAACGUGCGGACCAUUCUCCUAAGUGUGAUCUCGCUGCUGAACGAACCCAACACAUUUUCUCCAGCCAAUGUGGAUGCCUCCGUGAUGUACCGCAAGUGGAAGGAGAGCAAAGGGAAGGACCGAGAGUACACAGACAUCAUCAGGAAGCAAGUCUUGGGCACAAAGCUGGAUGCUGAGCGGGAUGGCGUGAAGGUUCCCACCACGCUGGCGGAGUACUGUGUGAAGACCAAGACUCCAGCCCCAGAUGAGGGCUCAGAUCUCUUCUAUGAUGACUAUUACGAGGAUGAUGAGAUGGAAGAAGAAGCAGACAGCUGUUACGCUGAUGAAGACGACUCUGGCAAUGAAGAAUCUUGAUGGCCUUCUGGCAUUGCAAAACUUACUAUAAACUACUGAAUUUUACCUCAACUAGGACAAACUGGUUUGAAUUUAGGAUCUGUCAGCCCUGAAAUUAACUCUCUACCUCGCAGGGAGACUGUUCUGCUGUUGCAAAAGAAAUCCCACCACUGUCUUUGUAGAAAAAGCAAAAAAACAAAACCAAACCCUAUUUUAUAAACUUCCUGGGUGGGAGGUGGGUGGGGAGGGGGAAGUUGCUUUGGGGCAUUCAUGAAUCCACAGAAACUGGGGAACUGGCAGCUCUGGCUGGUUGAAGAGUGACAGCAGAACCUGGUGCUGGUUGCCCAUCAUUUGGGCAUGUUCAAUGGGCAGCCCCGUGUGGGAGGAACAGCUUGGGGAGGCUGUGGAGCUGGUGAGUGGUUGCUUUGGGUGGGAAGUGUGUGAGCCUUGUGUAGCUUUCUGCAGCCUCUGAGGUGCCCCAGCAGGAAGGGCUGCAGGCUGAGCGCUGCUGCCCUCUGCCCCUGGCGCGGCUGUCCCUGGUGCAGCCCUCCUGCUGCCCCUUUCCGCGAUGCUGGAGCGCAGGGAGCAGGGUGGGAAGGGCCAGGAUAUUGGGCAGGACAUGCCUGGCAGCCGCUUGACACCGCAGGGCGUGGGGAUGCACUGUUUGUAGUUCUUAACUAGCUAGGAGGGAUGGGCUAGUUCUGAGUCUUUCUGCUUCUGUUUUUUUGGAAACUAUUUAAUAAAGUACUUCAAGGGA